UAUUUUAAUGUCAUAUUCGCGAAUAUCGUCACUACCUACCUAUCUAAUUUUAGUGACGAUAUUCGUGAAUAUUCUAAUACAGUAAAUAGUAUAGGGGUCUUCUUUAGACCACCAGCUGGAAGCAGGGCGGGAGGAGAUCACUGGGAUGUAUUCUGUGGGGGAAAAAAAACCAAUUGCGAUAAAUACUCGAAUUGCGAAUAUUCGCGCUAAACACUAGCCUCCGCGCAUUAAUAUCAGUGGUUUUGGAUGUGUCCUUUGCAUCCUAUAUCUAUGGGAUAUAUCAUGGAUAAGUUAUAGCGGUGGGAAACUCCUAAACAGACGCCUGCCCUGUAAUAGUAAUGAUAGGGGCAGAGCACCAAAUGGCAGAGUUUAGGGAGAGAAAUGGGCGGUGAUUUCAGUAAACAGGAUACAGAUUGGGGAUUAUCUCUGGGCAGCAGAAGAACCCGACACUUCCAAGCUGAACCUCCACUACAGCGACAGCAGCUCCCGACUGAGGACAUCUCCCAGAUAUGAUGCAUCGUCUGCUCUUUCUUGUGCUGCUCUUGGAGAUCGGGGAGGGGGCCGGUUUCUUACCGGGUUUAUUUUCAAGAAGUGGGACAAAUGUGAACUGCAAAUGGGGCCCAUAUGGACCUUGGUCAGAAUGUGACGGAUGCACUAAGACACAGACUCGCAGACGGACCAUAGAGGUUUAUGCCCAGUUUGGAGGCCUUGAGUGCACUGGAAAUUCUUAUGAAACUCAGUCUUGUGUUCCCACUAAAGGAUGUCCCAUAGAGGAUGGCUGUGGAGACAGAUUUCGAUGCUUUUCAGGUCAGUGUAUCAGUAAAGCGCUUGUGUGUAAUGGUGAUCACGAUUGUGAAGAAGACAGCAGCGAUGAGGCCAACUGCGAGGAGCGCCACAAAGUGUGCGACACGGAUAAAUACCCCCCCAAUACAGAACUAACUGGACUGGGUUUUGAUGUCACCACCCAAAAAUUGAAAAUUGGGGUCAUUCAUACUAAAGGUUUUGGCGGAAAGUGUCGUAAAGUGUUCAGUGGGGAUGGCAGAGAGUUCUACAGGCUAAGUCAAAACCUCCUCACCUACACAUUUAAGGUGCAAGCUAAGAAUGCUUUCAGCUACGAUUUUUAUAACAGCACCUGGUCCUAUGUGAAAAACACCCAGGAGAUAGUGAGAUCGAACUAUGCGGGUAAUAAGGAUGUGUCCACGACCUUCAGACAGACAAAAGAAAAGAGUUACCAGUUCUUGGUUAUCAGGAAUAACGUGGAAGUGGCGCAAUUCAUCAAUAACAAUCCGGAACAUUUACUGCUCGCAGAACCCUUCUGGAGAGAACUCUUCAACCUGCCAUCAGUCUAUGACUACACCGCUUACCGAAAGCUCAUAGAUAGAUACGGAACCCAUUUUUUACAUUCUGGAUCUCUGGGUGGCGAAUAUGAAUUCCGGUUUUAUCUCGAUAGCAGCAAAGAGACUGUAUACGAUGGAUCCACAACGAAUUUUGAGAAAUGCACCUCCUCCAGCUCAGGAUUUUUAAUAUUUAAAUCAUCAAAAACCGAAUGCAAUAAAUUGUAUGAUGCCAUAAGAUCAUCCUCAGGUGCCAGUGGUACAGAGGUUCGAGGUGAAGCCAUUGUGAAAGGAGGAGAACCCAAAUUCAUCUCUGCGCUCAGCUAUUUUUCCAUGGAUAACCCAGUUGCCAAUGACCAACGCUAUGCUUCCUGGGCAGGUUCUGUAACAAAUCUGCCAGUUAUUAUCAAGUUCAAGCUUGCCCCCUUAUAUGAGUUGGUGAAAGAAGUGCCAUGCUACUCGGUUAAAAGACUGUACCUGAAACGAGCCAUAGAGGAGUAUUUGAAUGAGGACAGUCCAUGUCGGUGUAAACCAUGCCAAAACAAAGGACUGCCACUCAUCGAGGGCACAAAGUGCGUGUGCCACUGUAGGCCGUACACUUCUGGCUCCGCUUGUGAAAAGGGCAUCCUGGUGGACGAGCAACCUGGAGUUAUUGAUGGUAACUGGGGCUGCUGGACAUCAUGGAGUACCUGUGCUGGGAGAGCUGGGAGGCGAGUGAGGAGCCGCGUGUGUAAUAACCCUGCCCCUGCCGGCGGCGGGAAGAGCUGUAUUGGUGACUCAAUAGAAAGUGAAAAAUGUGAAGAGGAUGAGAUAGAACAUUUACGCACCGUGGAGCCGCACUGUUUUGAUAUCAGUAUAUUACCCACAGAGUUCUGCAAUGCCCCCCCUCCUCUGCAGGAUGGAUAUAUCCAGGAUGAUGAUGGCUUUUACCAUGUCGGUGAACGUAUCAUAUAUGCUUGCAACAGCGGCUUCACAGUGGUGGGCAAUCCCAUUGCUGAGUGCACAGAUGAUCGUCAGUGGCAGGUCAAUGCCAUGCAAUGCCAACGAAUACUCUGCUCCUCUCCUGAUCUUCCCAGUAAUAUUAAAGCGGCUCCGAAGAAAUCUUCUUAUGAAAUUGGGGACAAAUUAAAGCUGUCUUGUCCUCCUGCUCUGGAUUUGGAUGGUUCAGAUGUUAUUCAGUGCACUUCUAGCCUAACUUGGAAUCCUCCUGCAAAAAGCAUUCAGUGUGUAAAGAAGGAACCUGCCGUCACUUCAAAAGUUGACUCCAACUGCAAAGCAUGGGAAAAAAUCCAGGAUUCCAAGUGCACCUGCAAAAUGCCGUAUGAGUGCGGCUCUUCGCUGGACAUAUGCGCCAUUGAUGGGAGAUCAGGCAAAAAUGUGGCACUCACAGUUUGUAAAAUGCAUGCCCUGCAAUGUCUGGGUAGGAAAUACACCCUGACUAAGGAUGCCGACUGCAAAUUCCCCCAAAAUGCUAAACGGUCGUGUGAUUCAUGCCACUUGUGGGAAACCUGCUCAGGUGAUACAUGUGUCUGCAGAGAAGCCCAGACUUGUGAAGCUGACGGCAUCAGCAUUUGUGUCCUAGUGAAUGGCAAGAAGCAAACCCUAAGUGAAUGUGACACCGGAAUCCUCAAAUGCCAAGGGGAGGAGGUGACGAUUGUCAGCACAAGUCCCUGUGAUGUCUAGAAGGAUCAGACUAUUUCUCCAGUUGACUCUUAUCCAGCUAUAGAAGGUGUCAGCCCCCUGUCAGCUGCUCCAUGCUGGAAAAUGUCAGGACAUUAUCAUUCUGUGCCUCUGCUCUCUACGUCUUUUAUACAAGCUAGAAAAAAAAUAAAAAUAAUUUUUGUA